AUGACUUUGGGUUCGAUAUUGAAAACCGUUUUGGGCUCUACCGAUGAACAUCAAUCCCACGGUAAUAAUAAUAAUAAAUUCAUAUACGAAAGAAACGGACAUGAUUAUUAUUAUCAUCACUACGGGCACCACAAUCACAAUCAUCAUAAAACGAAGGGAAAAUCAAAAUCCGAUAAAAAAUCCGCCAUAUUGUCAGCAUUGAGCCUUUUGGCAUUUUUAUUUUUUCUUAACAUAUUACAAAAUUGCAUAAGAGAAGAAACGGAAACGAUGAAUCCCGUCAUUAUGUUAAAUUAUCAAAAUAAAAAAGAAGAAAAUUCUGAACAAAUGGAAGACUAUAAAAAAAGGGAAAGGGAAGAAGAAAAUGGAAAAUGGUAUGAAAACAUACACUCGGAAAAUUCGAACGGAAAUGAUAAGGAUUUGAAAAAACGAGAAGGAAGGAAAUCGCGUAGCCUUUUACAAUACGUCGAAGGUGAAAAAAUGAUAAGAAAAAGGCGGGAAAAAUUUAUAAGAAAUUUUCCGACUGGUGGCGCUGCCGGUGGUGAAAACUGGACGAAAGAAUUAUCGGAAAUGACUGAUAAAGAUUUAGAAAAUCAAAAAAUAAAAACAUUAAAUUAUUACCGUAAUAAAAAUUAUACGAAUAACGGAAAUGACGUCACGAUCGAUAAAAAUAAAACUUUGGGUAGCGAUGUGAUAAUUUUAAAAAGAUUAAAAAAAAGAGAAAAAUCAUCGGAAGAAUUAUCAAAUGAAAAAAAAACCGGAAAUGAAACGACGGAUUCGAUUUCCGGUUUUUUCAAACCUUAUGAAAAUUCAUUAAACGAAGUACAAAUGACGAUGAAAAAUUAUAAUAAUUCGGAAAAUUUUUUUAAAAAUUUUCAUUGGUUGUAUAAAAACACGACUACGAAAUAUUAUGAUAACUUACCGAACGUUACGAAAAUUUUUGAAGAAACGUCUAAUGACACGACGACUCCGAGAAUUAAUAAACGUUCUGAUUCCACGAAUGAAAUUUUCCUCACGACUUCUUUACAUCCCGUAACGGAAAUGAAUGCGAAAAUUGAGAGCGAUGAUUAUAACAACUCCGUAACGUCAUCGAACCAAAUACAAAAUGUCGGAUCGUACGAGACGAAACAACAACCGGAAAUAGAUAAUUACAAUUCGAUUAAAAUAACAACGGAAGUACCGUUUUAUUAUACGUCAUCAUUUCCUCCUUCGUAUCAACAAUUCUAUCGCGAAGGUCAAUUAAGAACAAAAUAUUCACCGUAUAGAAAUCGAAACAAACAACAACAAUUUCCGGUUAGGUACAACAAUCGACAACAACAACCACCGAUACGAAGAAUCAAUAAUAAUAAUAAUAAUAAUAAUAAUGAUCAAAAUGGUAAUUAUUAUCGUCGAGAAGUUGUCAUUGCGAGGUAUCCGACGGAAGAGGAAACGGAAUUUGAUUUGAUAAAAUUUUUUUGGUCUUUGAUUACGUCAUUUACUAAACCUUUCACGAAGUUGUUGAUGCCUAAUUUGAGUAAGGAAGGUACGGACGAACCUCAAUGUUACGAAUUGUUGGUUUGCGAAGCACAAAGAGCAUCGAAAUUGAUGGGACCGACAGCGGAAACGUUAGCCGCAACAAUCGGAACUUUGUUAACUUGGGCAACGGAAGAGGAAACACGUCAGCUCGUAAUUGACGCAAUUGAAUCCGGUAAGGAAAAUACGUGUCAGCAACAGAUAAAAGAUUGCGAUGAUAGAUCCGGUGGUAAAUCUGCAAUGACCGUUAUUGCUCAAGCAUUUGAAAUUAAAAAACCUGUUCGACGUAUCGACACAACCGCCGCCGACACCGUCACUGCCACCGCCACCGCCACCACGACCGCCGCCGCCAUCAUCACGUCCAACGGUUAA